AUGGCAGCUCAGGUGGGACCGUUGCAGCAGGUGAAGCUGGCGUCAGGCCCUUCACCCAUGACGGCGGAGCAGCGGUACUGGGGCACGUUCAAGAACCAGCUGCUGAUGCCGUCGCCGACAAACUACCCGGUGACGCACAUCUCGUACAAUAGCGACAGCUUUGCGGUGACGACCGGGACGCGGGUGCAGAUCUACUCGAACCGGACGCGAAAGCUGCUCAAGACCAUCACGCGGUUCGGCGACGUGGCGCACAGCGGCGACAUCCGGCGGGACGGGCGGAUCCUGGUGGCGGGCGACGACACAGGGCGGAUACAGGUGUUCGAUGUCGGGUCGCGCGCCAUCCUGAAGACGUGGGCGACGCACAAGCAGCCGGUGUGGACGACCAAGUUCUCGCCGACGGAGCCGACGACGCUGCUGAGCGCCAGCGACGACCGGACCGUCCGUCUCUGGGACCUGCCCAGCGGGGAGCCGACGACGACGCUGGUGGGCCACCAGGACUACGUGCGCUGCGCCGGCUUCAUGCCGGGCACCAUGUCCAGCAUGGUAAUCUCGGGCAGCUAUGACUCGACCGUCAAGCUGUGGGACCCGCGCGCGGGGAGCAACGCGGCCGUCAUGACCUUCAAGCACGCCGCACCCGUCGAGGACGUGCUGUCUCUGCCCUCGGGCACCACCGUCAUGGCCGCGGCCGGGAGCACGGUCAGCGUGCUGGACCUGGUGGCCGCCCGCCCGCUGCACAGCAUCACCAACCACCAGAAGACGGUGACGUCGCUGAGCCUCGCGUCCGGCGGCCGGCGGCUGGUCACGGGCGGCCUGGAGGGCCACGUCAAGGUGUUCGAGACGACGGGCUGGAACGUAGUGUCGAGCUCCAAGUACCAGUCCCCCGUGCUGUCGGUGGCCGUCAUGCCCGCCACCGACGCCGAAGGCGCCGACGACCGCCACCUGGCCGUGGGCAUGCAGUCGGGCGUCCUGAGCGUCAAGACGCGCCAGACGGGCGCCGAGGCCGUGCGCAGCCGCGAGCGCGAGCGCGAGAUGGCCGCCCUCGUCGCGGGCACCAUCGACGCCCACGACGCCAAGAAGGCCAAGCGCAAGAGACGCGUCGCCGCCGACCAGAAGCUCGAGCUGGUCGGCGAGGGCGCCGACGUCGUCAUCGCCAACGAGGGCCGCCCCUCCCGCAAGAAGGAGCGCGACUGGCAGAGGGACCUCCGCCACGGCCGCUACGCCGCCGCCCUCGACCGCGUCCUCGACCGCCACGCACCCGACUACUCGCCCCUCAACGUCCUGACCCUCCUACUCGCCCUGCGCCACCGCUCCGCCCUGGCCGACGCCCUCCAGUCCCGCGACGAGCUAUCAGUCCAGCCCAUCCUCAAGUGGGUCGGCGCCCACAUCUCGGACCCGCGCUAUGUGAGCGUCUGCGUCGAGGCCGGCCUCCACCUCCUGGACCUAUACGCCGAGUACUCGGCUGCCUCCGCCGAGCUGCACGACGCCUUCAGGACCCUCCAUCGCAGGGUCAAGGUCGAGGUCGAGACGGCCCAGGUUGCGUGCCAGACUGGCGGCAUGCUGGAGAGUCUGACCGUCGGCACCUUGUAG